AUUCAUCAUUUUCAACCGACUCACCGUAUAACAUUGGUGAUUGGAUUCGAGAUUGUGGUUCGAACGAUCAAAAAAAUUCUCAAUUUUCUGCUUAAACAAGGACAAAAAUGGCCUGUAACGCUAGCAAGACGCCUCUUUUGAGACAUUUGACGAAACGCGGUUUCGCACAUGCCGCUCCCGCACAGGCUCAUGGCGCCCGCAAAUCCGGAGAAAUCCACACCACAACGCUCCCCAGCAAGAUGGUUGUUGCUUCAUGCGAGUCCAACUCUCCCGUUUCGCGAGUGUCGAUUGUUUUCAGAGCUGGUUCCCGCAACGAAACCUCCGACUCCUUGGGUGCCACUCAUUUGUUGCGCAUCGCCGCUGGUUUGUCCACGAAGAACGCAACUGGCUUCGCCAUUACCCGCAACUUGCAAGAAGUCGGUGGCAAUUUGUCGUGCACCACAGAUCGCGAACUCGUCGCCUACAACGUCGAAGUGACGCGCAAUCACUUGGAAACGGGUUUGAAGUUCUUGGAAGCUGCCGUCACCGGUCAAGUUUUCAAGCCAUGGGAAUUGGCAGACAACGCGAAACGUGUUAAGGAAGACAUUAAACGCAUUUCCGACUGCGUCAAGGCCUUGGAACUCGUGCACGAAGCUUCGUUCGAUGGCGGUUUGGGAAAUUCCAUUUUCUGUCCCAAACACAAGGCUGGCAAGUUGUCAAGUGAAACGUUGCAACACUAUUUCGCCUCGACUUGCACCGCAAAUCGUUGUGCCGUUGUCGGAAUCAAUGUCGAUCAUCAACAACUCGUCGGUUAUGCGCAAAGUUUGGGCUUGGAUUCGGGCGCUGGACCAGAUUCCGUCUCGAAGCACGUUGGCCCAAGCGAAAUUCGUUGGGAAAAGGGAGGAAAUGUUGCUUCGGUUGCCGUUGCUGCCGAAGGCGUUGGCUGGAAGAACCAAAAGGAGGCUUUGGCUCAUCUUGUUUUGCAAUAUGCUGCAGGAGUUGGUCCACAUACCAAGUACGGUGCCAACAAUGGAGCUUUGACGAAGCAAGUUACUGGAUGUGCUUCGGUUAAAACAUUGAAUGCAUGCUAUUCUGACACUGGAUUGUUCGGAUUUGUCGUUUCUGGUGAAGCUAAGGCUGUUGGACAAGCCGUCGAAACUGGCGUCAAAACCAUGAAAUCGUGCUCUGUCUCUGACGACGACAUCAAACGUGGCAAGGAAGCCCUCAAGGCAGCUGUUGCUUUCGCCAUGGAAUCCGAAGCCGGUUUGGUUGAUUGCAUGGGACAACAAGCUGGCACCUUGGGUACCGUUCAAAGCUUGGCUGAAACUUGCGCUGCCAUCGAUGGCGUUUCCGCUUCCGACGUCAAAUCGGCUGCCCGCAACUUGCAAACGAAGAAAGUCAGCGUUGGUGCUGUCGGCAACCUCUCACAUGUACCACGAGUAAACCAAUUAAACUAAAUUAAAACAAAUUUUUCCCGCUCCAAUGCUUGACUUAGUGUAAAAAAUAAAGGAUAAUUAACGAGGCGAGUCUAGUAUUGUCAAAAAAUUAUUAAAAAAAUUACAAAAAAAAAACUUAAAUAAAAUCGAAAAAUAUGUUAAAAAAA